AGCGACAGGCUGGUAAAGCUCGGCUGUCUGUGCCAUCUGGAGAGGGCAGUAACUUCCCGGCUCUGUGAUUCCGGCAUUUCACAGGAGUUUAGGAACGGAAAGGUGAUAUAAGGCAUUACCACCUUUCAAACAGACACUGCAAGCUCUGUUAAGCGGUUGAACAGAGGACCAGUUAUUCCAUUCCUCGCCCGUUAAUACCAGGCAAUGGGCACGUUUCCAUGUGAGGUGUUAGGGAAAGUCUCACUUGUGCAGGUGUAGGAGAGUACCCACAGGUAACUUUGACUAUUUUAUUAGUUGUGGAGGUACGCUUCGGAUUAUGUUUGCCCUUCAGUCCGCUGGAAGUCACAAGUCAGGAGGCAACGUUCUGGUGCUAAUUAUAUUUCUUUUGGCAUUGAAAGGAAUACGGAGCCUUACCCGUUUUUUUGAAAUGACCGCUUUCCUCUUGGAGCCACAUUGAAUCUACUUGGAUCAGUUACCUAACGCGCCAUCGGAGUCCUACAAGGAGUUUGUGUUCCCACAUCUGAAAUUCGUUUAGUAGGUCCUGCUGUUUUGCUUGGAGGAAUGUGGAAGCUGAGGAUUUGGUGUGUGUUGAGCAGGCUGUGUCUUCUCAUUCCUUGCGCUCUAAUGAUGACCAAAGUCCCUGGCUCUUGUUCCCAUCCUCACCCGUGCAUGAUAUUAAAAAGAAUUGGGCACACGGUUCGAAUCGGGGCAGUGCUCCUGCAGCCCCGCCACAUGAAUGCUGAUGAUGUGGAUAGCUGGAGUGACCACGAGAAAGAAAUGCAUUGGAUGGACAGUGUAGAGGAAGGCAACGAGGAAGAAGUGGACAAUACAUACACAGGUGUUGUGGAUCAAGGAGCAAAGAUUUCUGAGAAACAGCAGGGGAAAAGUGUUUAUAAGGGAACGAAGGCUAAGCACAGAACUGACUUUUAUUUAAAGUUUGGGAAUAUGAUUGAUCCAGAUGGGAGAACAGACCUUUUAUUACCCAGGGAUGCCCUGCUGUUGGCAGCGGAGACGUUAAAUCGUGUGGUUGGUCUUUUGCCUUACAAUUUAACUUUAGAAAUAGUGAUGGCUAUGGAAACCGGACUUGGAGAUUUACCUGUAUCCCCCUUCUCCUCCUUUGAUUCCCUGAGCAGCGACCCUGUAUCAUUUCUACAGAGUGUUUGUCACACAGUAAUUGUCCAGGGAGUCUCUGCCAUACUGGCAUUCCCGAAAAAUAAGGGGGAGAUUUUGGAGCUGGAAUUUAUUUCACACGCCUUACAAAUACCUGUUAUAAGUAUUGUACAAAGGGAAUUUUACAGAGAAAGUAAGAAUCCUCUUCACCUUCAGAUGUCUUUGGCAAACCCUUCCAUACCACAUGUGGACAUUGUUGUCUCUCUUUUGACUAUGAACAACUGGCAUGACAUCAGCUUAUUACUGUGUCAGGAGUGGGAUAUGGCAGACUUCAUGUUUCAUUUGCAGAAUAAUUCUAAAUUUCAUCUGGGACCAGUUAUCAACAUCUCUGCCAACCAGAGCUUUGAUAGCAGCCUCCUCUUUAAUUAUUUUCAGGUACAGCUGGAAGCACUGAGAGAGACCACAACUACGAUUGUUACUUUUGGAUGUGACCUGGACAGCACAAGAAGGAUUUUUGAGAUAGCCUCUCAGGCAGGGAUUGUACUACCAGACUACCACUGGAUCCUUGGUGAUGCCCAGAAUGUGGAAGAACUCCGUGCAGAUGGGUUGCCUUUAGGUCUUAUCGCCCAUGGCCAAACUGCAGAGCCUACCUUUGAACAUUUUGUGCAAGAUGCAAUGGAGCUGGUAGCCAAAGCUGUUGCCAGUGCAACACGUGUCCACCCUGAGUUGGCAUUGAUUCCCAGCACUACAAACUGCAUGUUUAGGGAGGAAAUGAAUCUAACAUCUGGACAGUAUCUUUCAAGGUUCUUGGCUAAUACAACAUUUGAUGGUAUCAGUGGCCAUAUUAGAGUACAAGACACCUCUGUUGUUACAUCUGAAAGUCAUCAUUACAUUUGGAAUCUACAACAUGAUCCUCUGGGAAAUCCUAUGUGGACUCGACUUGGAAGCUGGCAUGAAGGAAAGAUAGUCAUGGAUUAUGGAAUAUGGCCAGAACAGUUACAGAGACAUAGAAGUGGUGGAAGAUGGCCCUCUCAUUUACAUCUAAGGGUAGUAACACUGGUUGAACAUCCAUUUGUUUUUACUCGUGACACAGAUGAGGAUGGGCAAUGCCCAGCAGGACAGCUCUGCUUGGAUCCACUUACUAACAGUACAGCUGAGCUGCAAAACUUGUUUGAAGCCCUCCAUAAUGGGAAUGCCACAGUGCCAAAAGAAAUGAAGAAAUGUUGCUAUGGAUAUUGCAUUGACCUUCUGGAGAAAUUAGGCGAAGACCUUGGCUUUCACUUUGACCUUUAUAUCGUUGGAGAUGGAAAGUAUGGUGCUUGGAAGAAUGGACGCUGGACAGGGCUUGUUGGUGACCUUCUGAGUGGAGCAGCCCAUAUGGCAGUUACGUCUUUCAGUAUCAAUUCAGCACGAAGUCAAGUAAUUGACUUUACGAGUCCAUUUUUUUCCACAAGUCUUGGGAUAUUGGUUAGGACAAGGGAUACUGCUGCGCCCAUUGGAGCUUUUAUGUGGCCUCUACAUUGGACUAUGUGGCUUGGAAUAUUUGUAGCUCUUCAUGUUAUGGCAGCAUUUCUCACCCUUUAUGAAUGGAAGAGCCCUUUUGGGAUGACCCCUAAAGGCCGUAACAGGAAUAAAGUAUUUUCCUUCUCCUCUGCCUUAAAUGUAUGUUAUGCCAUAUUGUUUGGCAGGACAGCUGCCAUUAAAACUCCAAAAUGCUGGACAGGAAGGUUUCUAAUGAAUCUUUGGGCUAUUUUCUGCUUAUUUUGUUUAUCAACAUAUACAGCUAAUCUUGCAGCAGUUAUGGUGGGGGAGAAGAUUUAUGAAGAACUGACAGGAAUCCACGACCCCAAGGUAAUUUUAAAAGCCUAAUUUAUCAUAUGUAUGUGUACACCUGCUGGGUAUAAUUAGGGGUAAAUAUAGAUGUUGUAGUUAUUAACUAAAGGAAAAUGGAAAACAAAAAUACGUUUUUGAAAAAUAUUU